AUGCCGAUACGCUGGGAUGAGGAAAAGGAAGAAAGCUGGAAGUUGCCUCUAUGGGAUGUGAAAGCAGGAAAUAUUCUUCUUGGAGAAGACGGCUCAGUGCAAAUUGCAGACUUUGGCGUUAGUGCGUUUCUGGCCACCGGUGGUGACAUUACCAGAAAUAAAGUCAGGAAAACUUUUGUGGGCACACCUUGCUGGAUGGCACCAGAAGUUAUGGAACAGGUCAGAGGAUAUGAUUUCAAGGCAGACAUCUGGAGCUUUGGGAUCACUGCUAUCGAACUGGCUACAGGGGCGGCUCCUUACCAUAAAUACCCCCCGAUGAAGGUUUUAAUGCUGACGCUACAAAAUGAUCCUCCUUCUUUGGAAACUGGUGUGCAAGAUAAGGAGAUGCUGAAGAAGUAUGGGAAAUCAUUUAGGAAGAUGAUUUCAUCAUGCCUACAGAAAGAUCCUGAAAAAAGACCGACAGCAGCAGAACUCUUAAGACACAAAUUUUUCACAAAAGCAAAGAAUAAAGAAUUUUUACAGGAGAAGAUGUUGCAGAGAGCACCAACAAUCACUGAAAGAUCCAAAAAGGUCCGGAGAGUCCCAGGUUCCAGCGGACGUCUUCAUAAGACUGAAGAUGGUGGCUGGGAAUGGAGUGAUGAUGAACUAGAUGAAGAAAGUGAGGAAGGCAGAGCGGCAAUUUCACAGCUCAGGUCUCCCAGAGUGAAAGAACCUGUACAGAAUUCCGAGCUGUUCCCAUCAGCUGAGCCUCCAGGUCCUUCACUCAAUGCUCCAGCACAGGCACCUACUCAACUACCUCAGGCUGCAGGACAAGUACCUGCACAACCUCAAACUGCUGUACCUCCACCUAGUCAGGCUCCUCCAGCAGCCCCAGCAGCAGCCCAGGCUCCACCUGCCCCUGCUGCGGCUCCGGUACAGGAAGAUGCAAAAGUCCCCAUCAGCCUCGUACUAAGGUUAAGGAAUUCAAAGAAAGAGCUCAAUGAUAUUCGAUUUGAAUUUACCCCAGGGAGAGAUACUGCUGAUGGUGUGUCUCAAGAACUCAUUUCAGCAGGUCUUGUUGAUGGCAGAGAUCUGGUAAUAGUUGCCGCUAAUUUGCAGAAAAUUGUGGAGGAGCCCCAAGCAAACAGAUCCGUCACUUUCAAACUGGCAUCUGGUGUCGAAGGUUCAGAUAUUCCUGAUGAUGGCAAACUUAUAGGAUUUGCACAGCUCAGCAUCAGCUAAACAAUGGUCCCAGGAGAUGUUUCCCAACUGAGAACCCACAUGUGCAUAUUCGUAAUGCUUCUGUUAGCCUAAAAAAAAAAAACCAACAACCACUACUGCCAAAGAAUUGAACUACAGCCCCCUUCCUAGAAGCUUUAACAUUUUCCUUAAUAGGAUCACAAACCUUCCUGAAAUUACCGAUGGCGUUUACACCUUUUGUAAACAACUCUCAUGUUUUUGUAUCUGUCAUCUCAAACAUGCAGAUCCAACACGUCAUUGCCUGCAUGUUCAUUUUAUUAUUGCCUUACUUUAAAGAAAAAUACUACUGAGUACGAAGCAGGGGGUUCCACUGCUCUGAUGAUCUUGCCUAAAUGUUUGCUUACAUGUGGUUUCAUUUUUUUUUCACUUGCUAUUUUUGCACAAGUUUUAAUACUGAACAGUUCUUUUUUUGUUCUUUACCUGCUUCUCCUUCUAUCUGAAACACCAGUGUACAUGUUGUUUGGGUCACCCGGAGUGCUGAGAAAUCUGCUUCUCUUCAGCUGUGUUUUUUAAAACUGUUGGUUUGAAUGCUUGCACCUGAGAAAGCAAGCUAAGUCUUAACCCACGGGAGGGAAAGCCACCUUCCCUUGUGUUUGUGUUCUUGAGAAGUUCCUUGACUUUGAGGUGUUAGAAGUCAGCUUCCCUUUGUAAACUGC